AUGUCCACCAACGGGACUGGGUUAUUUAUAGAGGAUACUAAAGUACACCUGAUUGCUCCUCAUCGCUACCAGAUCAUCGAGACUUGUCUCAGUGCUUACUGCACAUUAUUGUUAGUCAUCGGACUGCCUGGAAACUUAAUAAGCGGUAUUAUCAUGGGGACUGAUCCGGCAACACGAAAGACGACGCGCCUAUUAAUGAUCGUUUUAUCUACGGCCGAUACAGCUGUCCUGCUCACCGCAGUGUUACGUUAUUGGAUGACAUCGGUUUUUCACUGGGACCCACGUGAUACUAGUUCUCUUGCUUGCAAAGUGCAUACAUUCGCCGUCUCAUGUGCUAGUGAUUUUGCUGUAGGAUCAUUGUGCUCUAUUGCUGUGGAACGUUUCUUGGUGGUUGCAUUUCCGCAAAAAUCAAAUCUUUUAGUUCGAGUGUCUCUCAUUAUCAUUGGCAUGUUAUGCUUUACACUGUGCAUUUUCAUGAAAAAUCUGGUUCUUCUGCUUUUUAUGAAUGUAACACAACGAAAUGUGAUCACAUCAUCUCAUGCCAUUCCGAUAGUCAAUAAAAACUCGCAAACAAUUAUGAGAGAUUCCGGUGCCAAGGGCUCCUCUGCGGGCUUGGUCUGUCACUUAGGAGGAGAAUACACAAAUGCGCUUAAGGCAUAUAUAAAGUAUGAUUUUCUCAAUUUUUCAGUCUUUCCAUAUAUUAUAUUAUUUUCCUGUAACGUAUUCAUAUACUUUAAACUGUGUCGACAGCGAAAGAUGCUUCUUACACAUAGGACAAGUCAAAAUAUUUCUAGCAGCAACGAGAAUACUAACAAUAAGUCCAAGAGCACUUCAAAAAAAGAUGAACAUAAAUUGCCAUUAAAUAGGCUAGCAACAGAGGGGAUAAACAACUCUCAGCAGUGUGAUGUACCAAAUAAUGUUAUCAUUGAUACAGCGAGUCAUGGAGGCGGGGCGGCAUUAAUUACAGAAUCGCGCAGAUGCAAAAAACGAAAACCGGAAAAUGUGAUUAAGAUAUUGACUGCAUUAACUCUCAUACAUGUUAUAUGCACUCUUCCUGCUACAUUGUUUACCUUCUGGACUGAGUAUUUUCCUAGUCCUGAAUUAAAAAAAAAGAGUCAUUCCAUUCAACUUGUCAAGAAAAGCCUCAACCUUCUUCUUUUCACCAACAACACUAUAAAUUUCCUCGCCUACUGGGCAUCUUCUAUUUGCUUCAGGAGAAAAGUCCGUGCUGGCAUUGCAGUCUGCUUCAGUCGGUGUGGGUGUAACUUGUCUGAUAAAAGCACUAGUAGACAAGAUCGCACAGGUUGCGAUCAAAUACUGAGCCCGAUGGCUGUUCGAGAACUUGAAGAGCCUGGAGCAGGCAAGGUCACAGAGCUAGUCAGUAUUGGAAUAAAACGAGCUAUGAAUAAGAAAACUUUGACAAUACCAAUUCAGGCACCUUCAUUUGUCCCGCCAAAUAAAGAAAGCCCUAAAACCUGCUCUUCAAGACAAAAUAAUGGUAUGCUAUCGGAAGAAUCCAAAUUCGCACAGAUGGAUGAAAUCCAAGGUAUUUUUAGAGUUCAAGAGGAAGAAGUGGAAUUCUUCGAGAGGGUAGACACAGAAGAGCGGCCAGCAAAAUGUGAUGGAAACGAAAGAGAAGGGACUAUGAAUACCCCAUAUGAUCAAUUACUUAAAAAUUCAAACUUUCUUAUAACAAACCUUUAG